AUGCCGUUCAACACAUAUGGACACUUCCUCCACGAUAUACUUGCAACACUAGUUAUGUACCCCGAUGAUGUACUGAAUCAAGAAUUAUAUGUAUUUCAUAACUAUAAUUGGAAUGAUAAAUUUAAAGAACAUCUUGAUGCGAUGGGAUUGACUCACAUUCAUCCUUAUGAUUCUAAAAUCAACGGAUUUGUUCUUGUGCAUAAGCUCUACUACAUACAUGCAUAUGAGAACACUCAUGAGUUUGAUCAUCUCGGAUUACCGAGAGUUUCGAAAUAUUUCAGAUCGAAUUUGAAAUUUGACCAAAUAGAACCAACAAAAUACAACAUUAUCAACAGAAGACCGAAUGAAAGACGAUACUUCACGAACAUAAAGGAAUUGCUUAAUGCAUUGAAAGUGAAAUUCCCCAAUAUAAAUUUCCAAGAAAUUCAAUUGCAAGAGAAAUUAGUAGACACAGGUCGUUUGUUUGCAGAAACGAAAGUUUUGAUUGGAAGUGGCGGCAGCUUGUUGUUUAAUUCAAUGUUUAUGCAUAAUGAAACAGGCGUUGUGUGCUUGUUUGCGAAUAAGAUAGAUUUACCAGAUAAUAUUGUUCUUGCUUGUUUCGGAAUUUAUAAUAUUGGUGUUGUUCAUCCAAAUAUCAAUUUUUAUGAAGGACAAGGUGCAUGCGAUAUCGAAUUAACUGUUGAUUGCGUGGACAAAAUCAUAUUUGCUGUUGAAAAUAAGAAAUAUCCUCAAAUGAAAGGAUAUUAUCCUGUGAUUGCGAAUUAUUCGUUAUUUUUCCAAGUUCGAAUGCGUAAUUCCUAUAAUAACGGGGCAAUUUGGAAUUACGCGGAGAAAAGAAUAGAAUGA